AUGUUUACUUCCACCCGCUGGCGGCUUAUCCUGGCCCAUUGUUGGCGCGAUCAUCUUUGGUAUGGCGUUUCUGGUACACCAUGCAAGGUCGAAGCCAUCGAAAAAUUCAAGAACAGCAUCUGCGCUAAGGUUCCGUCUUCCGAGUGUCGCCCAACGAGCUCUUUCGCCUCGAUAAAUUCCUGGAAACAAAUAUAUGGGGCUCCGAUUGCUGCUCGAUCGCACUUCAUAAAAGGCGAGCUUUAUGAAAUUUACGGGGCAGGUAUCAGAACUGGCUGCAUUGAUAGUGAGCGGGAUCCAAAGGUACAUGCAGAGAAGAAGAAGAACCUCACCCCGACCUUUUCGACAAAAGCCUUACAGGCCCAAGAUCCAAUUAUUCAGCGACACAUUGAUCGGUUUGGACUGGAUGUCGUCAAAUGGUAUGAGAUGAUUGCGUUUGAUAUUCUGGGAGAAAUGGCGUUUGGCGAGAGCUUCCAUUGCGUGGAACGUGAGGAACAUCAUUUCUGGAUCAAACUGAUUCUGGACCAUCUUCUUGAGAUAACGUUGUACGCAAUCGUCAUUCAGGAUACAGUCGAGCAAAAGUUGAAGAGUAUUAUUCCAUCUGAUUUUCGUGGAAAUGAUAUGCUGACAUGGAGCAGACGUCUGAGCAGUACCUCCUCUCGCCAGGACUUUUUCACAGAUCUUGCUGAGAAGGUAAAAAGUGGUCAGAUUGAUAAGGAAGAAAUGACGGCCCACGCAUCAACCUUGAUCAUUGCAGGAGGAGAGACGGUCGCCAUUUGUCUUGCAGCAGCGACAUAUUAUCUCCUCACGACUCCGGCCGCAUACGCACGACUGAAAAGGGAGAUUCGAGGACGCUAUCAAUCGUAUGAGGAGAUAGAUGCUUCCUCAGCUUUACAGCUAGACUAUUUGCAAGGCAUGAUCAAUGAGGCACUCCGAAUUCUCCCACCUAGUUCCCAAGGUUUUCCGCGUAUCUCACCAGGGCUUGAGAUUGACGGAUAUUACGUUCCCAGUGGAACUGAAGUAUAUACCAGUGCAUGGACAGUGACUCAUGAUCCGCAAUACUUCAAAGAUCCAGAAACAUUCCGACCUGGGCAUUGGAGAGACCCUAAGUGUACGGACCAAAAAGAGGCCAGCCGGCCAUUUUCACUGGGGCUUCGAGCAUGCAUCGGUCGCAAGUAA